GUAACUGUGAAAUUUGUCCGACUACGAACUUGGAGAGUUUCUUCUGUUGAGUGUCGUGUGUCGUUGUUUUCAUUGUGUCGGGAAAAAACAGUUUAUUUGAUCCUAAAGAAAUGGCCUGCAAAGAAGCCUUAUGGAGUUUCUCGGUGUUUUUACUGGCGGUUUCAGCAGCAGAUGAGAUGGUAUCUGUACCUCGAGGUAGAGUGUUGAUGGGAACCAGUGCAGCUGAUGGGAGAGAUGGAGAGUCGCCCAGCAGAGAGGUUAAACUGGAACCUUUUCAGAUCGACAAGUAUCCUGUCACAAAUGCUGAAUUCAGGGAAUUUGUCAGGGCAGAGAAGUUCAAAAGUGAAGCUGAGUCUUUCGGUUGGAGCUUUGUGUUUCACGACUUUGUGUCUGAUGAGCUGAAAAGCAAAGUUACACAGAAGAUUGAGUCUGCUCCUUGGUGGUUGCCAAUAGAAAGGGCUUUUUGGAGGCAGCCUCAAGGACCUGGUUCAAGUAUUAAGGAACGCCCGGAUUUUCCAGUGGUUCAGGUGAGCUGGAACGAUGCUCAAGCUUUCUGCCAGUGGAAGGGCAAGAGGCUGCCCACUGAGGAGGAGUGGGAGUGCGCUGCUCGGGGGGGGCUGCAAGGUCGAACUUAUCCUUGGGGAAAUAAGUUUCAAGCCAACAGGGCAAACUUGUGGCAGGGACCAUUUCCUGAUGAAGAUGCUGAAGAUGAUGGAUACCAUGGUGUUUCUCCCGUCACAGCAUAUCCUCCUCAGAACAGCUAUGGACUCUACGACAUGAUGGGAAACACAUGGGAAUGGACCUCCACACGCUUUCCAGGAGAGAACCUCAUGUAUGUGCUGCGUGGUGCUUCCUGGAUUGACACUGUAGACGGCUCAGCCAAUCACAAGGCUCGAGUAACAACGAGGAUGGGCAACACGCCCGACUCAGCGUCUGAUAACCUGGGAUUUAGGUGUGCUGUCAGCAAAGGACAGAAACAAGAGAAGAAAAAAACUGAGCUGUAGCAGCAAACACGAGAUAAAAGGAUGGACAGUUAUUCUAAUUUAAAUAGGUUUUGGAAUGUAUGGAACUCUGUGUAAAAAAAAAAAAAAACAAGGGACCAAUGAAAACAUGACAAACUAACAGAUAAGAAGGGCAAGACAUUUUAUUUCUCCUGUGGAGAAAUAGAUCUUUCUUAUUUUAAGUCCAAGCAUAUAUUACUGUAUAUGCAAAUGCCUUGGGUUACUUAUGUGUGCUGCAAGUACUUUCUUUUUGUUUUUAUUCCUUUUUAUUUUAAUAUUAAAAACAGAUUAAGUUGUUAGGAUAAUACCUUUUCUUUUCUUAUUCUUUUCAAAGUCUACAGGCUCUGGAAAAGCUUGUAAAUAUAGCAUUAAAGUGUGAAGCUUAAAUGUUUGCAGGCCUGGCCACAAGGUGGAGGAUUGGUUAGUUAGUGCAAGAAGAUUACAGGUUCAAAUCCCUGGUGGUAGCUGGUGGUCUUUCUAACUGGAGUUCAUACACUAUGUUCUCACAAAAACUCACACAAUCACUUACUGUUUGAGUGUAAAAGUGAAUUGUCGUUUGUUUGUCCCGACGACCUUAAUAAGGAAAAAGUGGUUAAAAAUGAAGAUGAAUUUUUCAGUUUAAUGUUUACGUUGACAAUCAGGUUCGGUGUUUCACAUCCUGGAAUGGAUUAUUGCAUGGAUUGUUAUGUGACCAGAGAGUAAAUGUGGUCACAUGGUUCUAAGCUAAUCCUUCUAAUCCGGUUUUUGUCUUAGUGUUUAUAUUCUCAUCACAGUCCUGCUGCUCAGCGGUCGAACAGAGUAGCUGUAUAAUAAACAGUUUGGACAAUGUAUUUAUCAAGAGUUUGAACAGUUUUUCACCGUGAACUUUCAACAUUUCGUUGCUUGUUUCUUUACUGCAAAAAGUCCCUGUAUGUGAUGUGUGGCGGCCACUUGACAUGGUGCGUUCAUCUGCAGACACUCUGUACUGGUGUAUGGGAGGGUAUGGUUGCCCAUUUAAAGUCAACCAAUAGGUGGCAGUCUGACAAAAAAUGUAAUUUAAAUAAAGCAGAGCAAUUAUAAAACCCUAAAAUCAAAGUGAGGGUCGGUCAGAGUGGAGAGAUCCGUCUGUACUGAAAACAAACAAAAGAACAACACCAGCUGUUUCCCCGAAGCCUUUCUGAACACAUGACCUACAUUAAAACUGGAAGUCUCUGAAAUAGGACUGCCUUCACCGAGGAUGACCUUUGUGUGUUGAAAUGUUCUAAAUAAACAAAAAUGUGGAAAGACA